CUAGAGCAUCGGUGCUCGUGAAGCUCGCGACCCGGAACUGGCCGCCCGGGGACAGGAGCUACCACAACCGGGGGAGUGCGGCCCCUGCUCGGGACCGGGAGGAGAAGAUCCUGCCAGUGAACAGAGACUUUUCUGAGCUAAAGACACCAUGGCCACAUCAGCCCCGCUGCGGAGCCUGGAGGAGGAGGUGACCUGCUCUAUCUGCCUUGACUACCUGCGGGACCCUGUGACUAUAGACUGUGGCCAUGUCUUUUGCCGUAGCUGUACCACUGACGUCCGCCCCAUCUCAGGGGGGCGCCCUGUUUGUCCCCUCUGCAAGAAGGCUUUUAAGAAGGAGAAUAUCCGACCUGUGUGGCAGCUGGCCAGCCUGGUAGAGAACAUUGAGCGGCUAAAGGUGGACAAGGGUAGGCAGCCAGGAAACGUGAGCCGAGAACAGCAGGACACCAGGUUGUGUGAACGGCACCAGGAAAAGCUGCACUACUACUGCGAGGACGAUGGGAAGCUGCUGUGUGUGAUAUGCCGGGAAUCUCGGGAACACAGGCUGCACACGGCCAUCCUGGUGGAGAAGGCCGCCCAGCCCCACAGGGAAAAAAUCCUGAACCACCUGAGUAUCCUAAGAAGAGACAGAGACAAAAUCCAGGGUUUUCAGGUGAAGGGAGAAGCCGAUAUCAUGGCUGUGCUGAAGAAGCUUCAGGAGCAGAGGCAGAGUAUUGUGGCUGAGUUUGAGCAGGGCCAUCAGUUCCUGAGGGAGCGUGAGCAGCACCUGCUGGACGAGCUGGAGAAGCUGGAGCAGGAGCUCACGGAGGGCAGGGAAAAGUACAAGACCAAAGGUGUUGGGGAGCUGGACCGGCUGGCACACAUCAUCUCUGAGCUGGAGGGCAAGGCCCAGCAGCCGGCCACAGAACUGUUGCAGGAUACCAGAGAUUUCGUGAACAGGUACCAACGGAAGAAGUUCUGGAUUGGGAAACCCAUUGCUCGAGUAGUAAAAAAAAGAACAUGUGAACUCACAGAUAAACUUCAGUCUCUGCAACGAGGCCUGAGAGAAUUCCAAGGGAAGCUGCUCAGAGACUUGGAGUAUAAGAUAGUGAGUGUCACACUGGACCCACAGUCGGCCAGUGGGUACCUGCAGCUGUCGGAGGACUGGAAGUGUGUCACCUACAGUAGCCUGUAUCACAGUACUUACCUGCACCCCCAGCAGUUUGACUGUGAGCCAGGGGUGCUGGGCAGUAAAGGCUUCACCUGGGGCAAGGUCUACUGGGAAGUAGAGGUGGAGAGGGAAGGGUGGUCUGAGAGUGAAGAUGAGGGGGGUGAGGAGGAAGAAGGGGAAGAGGAAGAAGAAGAAGAGGAGCCUGGCUAUGGGGACAGAUAUGAUGAUUGGGAAACAGAUGAUGAGGAGGAGUCCUUAGGAGAUGAAGAAGAAGCAGAGGAGGAAGAAGAGGAGGAAGUUCUAGAAAGCUGCAUGGUGGGGGUGGCCAGAGACUCGAUGAAGAGGAAGGGAGACCUCUCGCUGCGACCAGAAGAUGGGGUGUGGGCACUGCGCCUCUCCUCUGCGGGCAUCUGGGCCAACACCAGCCCCGAGGCUGAGCUCUUCCCAGCACUGCGGCCCCGGAGAGUGGGCAUUGCCCUGGAUUACGAAGGAGGCACCGUGACUUUCACUAAUGCGGAGUCCCAGGAACUCAUCUACACCUUCACCACCACCUUCACCCGCCGCCUGGUCCCCUUCCUGUGGCUCAAGUGGCCGGGGACACGCCUCCUGCUGAAACCCUGAGCCUUGUUCCUGUCCCCUACAUACUGAUGUCCCACUUCUAGAAUUUUAGUACUUUGUGAUGGGGCCAAGAGACACCUUGCCAGAGCACCUCCCACAGGGGAGAGAAGAGACCCCACAUCUACUGCCACCAUUUCCCUGUGACUAGCUCCUUUGAGGCCUUGCUCAGUGCUGUUGCUCCACCCAUGCUGCUGUAGUCAGGUUCUUCUGCCUCCUGUGUACUUCCUGUGUAAACUUCUGACCCUGGAGUCUAUGAGGGCUCCUUCCUUUCAGACCACUGCCUUUGACUCAGCCCAGCUCUGUCUUUAUUGAAGAAGAGGCAUGACAGCAUUUUCUUUCACAGUAUUAAACCCAGAUGUUCUUGGGAUAGACCCCGAGAUCCUUACCCUAGCCAUUUUGCUAUUCUCAAAUCACAGAGUUCUCCUUUUACCCAAAAUCACUCUGCUGCCUACCUUCCUUGGCACUUAAACGGACUUACUCCCACCCUAACUCACAGUUAAAUAUCAAGAAGGUGCUGAAAAUGAACUGAAUGAAAAUAUGCUGAGACUUUCCAAGCAAUUUAAGUCUCCUGGAGUGCCAGUGAAAAUCAUCGAUGAGAUCUGGAGUGGAAUCCACCCUUCUCUGAAGCCAGUGAGGUUUCCCUGAGUAGGAGGUGGGACUUCUGGGGCCCUCUGUGAUCUUAGAGGAAGGCCCUGGGUGCACAUAGCUUUGGGGAUAACUGACCAGAGAUGAAUAAAUUAUCUCCAUAAGUUGGUCCUUAUGAGGAGGGUCCAGAAUAUUUUGCUCCUGAUCACUUGAUUUGAAAAUAUAAGGGAAAGUAUGCAGUCAAACAGGUGUUCCCCUGCUUGGAAUUCUCUGAUCAGUUGCUCACAGAUGAUGCGACUUCUGAAACUGACCCUACUCUGCAUGAGUUUCAUUUUCAUAAGACAGAGCAAUGUGGGAAGUAGAGAGGAAGGAAGCAAGCAACUGAUUCUUCAUGAACAGAGGGAUUACAUCCUGCACAUCGGUCUGACCCAAGCCCCAGCCUGUGUCCAGGCUCCCCUAGUUCCGCCAGUUGAAUGAAAGCUCUUGCUCAAGCCACGUUGCCUCUCAGCGUUCCUCAUUCCAGGCACUCUGCCAGUCCUUGCUUAUCCAAUUUUUACUCUUCUGCUCUAAUUGACUGUUCCCUGCUCUGUGGAUCUCUAUUGUUUCAAAAGUUGCACUCUGUAUCACAUGCUGCCUGAAUCAUCUCUCUGUUUUUGUAAGCUCCUUGAGGGCUAGCACCCUGUCUUCUACUUGCAUUCUCUGUGACACCAGGUUUGAAGCUGGUGCUCAUUAAAAGCUUGUUGAAUGAACAGCUUGGAGAUUUAGAUAAUUUGUUAUAAUUCACAUUCACUAGGCCUCAGUCAUAGUUACAAAGAUGUUACAAUAAUAAUAGCUCAGUGUUUUUCUUCUGUACCCCUGUGGGUCCUUUAGGACUUUGCUUCCUGUCCUGUUUGUAGAAGCGCUAUCCUUUUUAGAAGAGCCUUUCAUGGGCUUUAGAGCAGCUAACACCAAGGCUCCACCUUGUGCUUAGUCUUUCAGUGGUAACUGUGCGCUGAGAUCCAUGUCGGUGGAGAAUGUAAUGAUGGUGAGUGGCAUCCAGCACAGCCCGCCCUGAAUCCUUUGAAUAUAAACAGUGCUCUAAAGGAAAUAGAACCCACAGGCUUUUGUUUUGUUUUUAUCAUCUCUGGAGUUUCACAGCUCCAUGCAUUUUCAGAAAAGAAAAGCAAGACCGGGUGGGGUGGGAAGAAACUAUAGCACGGAGCUUUGACUACUCAAACCUGGGUCAGGCACACGGCAAAGCAGACCACUGUUCAAGUGAGUUCUUUUGCCAGCACCAAAAGCUAUUUAUACUUAUGUGUUACACUGAUUACUUUGUCUUUUCUUCCCCCACUUCCCCCCCCUUCAUUUUCUACAGUCUUAUCUUCCCUAGGUGUCACCAUCAUCGGUUAGUCUUUAGUUGCUACUGUCAGUUUUGUCAUCUUGAUGCAUUGAUCUGAACCCUGAUGUUUGACCUGCAAUAGUUCGACCCAUGCCUAUGCACAGCCUUAUGGUUCUACCUUUAGCAUCAUACUGGAAAUCCCAAAAAAAGAAUAGUUCUUCUGUGUCUUCUUCCCAUUUAAAUCCUCCUUUGCAUUUGUUACUUUUUUUUUCAUUAGUGGUGGAGACAGCAAACCAACAUUUGGGUAUACUAGUGGAUGAGUAUGGGAAAAUGGGAUACUUUGGAGCUGGGCUCUGGGACUGAGGAACUGGAUUAUGACACAUAUGAUUAAGAAGGAGAAAAGAGAGAAUGUAGUUAAAGCCUCACUUGUACUAUUUAUGCUAACUCCAAAGUCCUUGCCUGCCAGGAUGGUAAGAUGGUAAUUGUUCAAGUUGUCUUCUCAGGGUAUGUAAAGAGAAUGGAAUGGUGAGAGCUUUCAGGGGCUUGAUUUGUGAAAUUACAUAUGAUGUCUGCUUUAACUCAUGAAGUUGUUUGAAGAAUAGAGAUUGGCGUUUCCUAGAGAAUCUUUCUGAAAGAGUCAGGGCGUUUUGAAUAAAAACAAAGUGAUAAUCUGAUAGUAAUAAAUUUGUAUCUUGAUAUUUAUAUUUCUUUGCUUUUAUUCAUUUACUUAGGAACUCCAGUGUACUUUGUUCCUGAUUUAAGAUGGAUGUGUCUGUUUUUUAGUUAGAAUUAUUAGGUAUGUUAAAUUAAAUAUUUAUGUAUAAUUUUGUAGCUUAUGCUUUAAAAGAUAGGAACACUCAAUUCCUAGUCUAUUAAACAUUUUCAUUAUAAACGUAUGUUGAAUUAUACCAAAUGCUUUUCUACUUGUAUUGAAGUAAGUGUAUUUUUCUCUUUAACCUACUAAUGAAUGACAUUGAUGAUUUUUUUUAUGUUAAACCAAUUUGCAUUCUAGGGGUAAAUUCUAUCAUUUAAUUUUUUUGCUCAAUUAUGUUUAUUUUUAUUUAAGAUUUAUAUAUACGUAUUCAUAAAUAAAACUGACUUAAAGAUUUUCCUUCUCUACAUCAGUUUUUCAUAUCAAGUUUAUGUUGGGCUAUAAAAUGAUUUGGGUGGAUAGGGAGGUAACCCAGUGGUAGAGUGUAGGACUUAUUUGCAUGCGAACCUGGCAUUGCAUAAGUUAAAUCUCUGUGCGUAUUCUCUCCUUUUCAUUAGAUAAAUUAAUAUAUCUUAAAAAAAAAUAGUUGGGUAGGGCACUUGCCUUGCUAUAUGCCAUGGCCCAAGUUCUAUAUACUUUUGGCACCAUGCAAUCAGGAGGAAGCCCUGGUGUUUUCUUUUAAAGAGAUGAUGUAAUUGUACCCUAACUUCCUGUAUAUUGGUGAUAGAAUUUUGACUAUGGUGAUUAAAAAAAAAAUGCAAGGCAUUCUCAA